AUGGGCGUUUUGCAUCCACAUGAUAACACCCAGUGUUUUGGAAAAGAGUGAGCUGAAAGUGAUUGACUGAAGAACUGGUUAUGUAGGUUGAAGAUUCGGUGACAGGGGACUGGGAUUUUUGUAGAUAACUGGAACGUCAGAGGAGACUGAAGUCUGCGGCUAGACUGUAAUUGAAGAAUGGAAGGCCAAGUUGUCUUGCUGCCCCACUCCGCUCACAGCCUUGAGCUGCAGCCGAUCCUCGACAAAGCUUCCAAGAUUCACCAGGGGGAAGAAAGAAAAGACGCCACAACAGCUGAAAUUACUUUUGGAGAAAAUACCUCAAGAACACCAAAUGAACCAUUCCAAUUGAUCCAAAAUGUGAAUGAAUUUGGAGCUGAGGAGAAUGUGAUCUUUAUCACAGAGAGCAUGAGUGUAACUACUGCAGAUGAGGAAAAACUGCUACUGCUGAACAGGAACACUGAACUGAGACGCAUGAACAAAGAGCUGAUGAAGCUCAACCAAGACUGGGACCAGAUCUAUCGAGCGACUACAACAGGACUUCAGCAAAAAGUGACAGCAUUGCAGAUGGAAGUUUCAAAUACCAAUCAGCAUGCUAAUGCACUUUCCAAGAAACUGGAUAAUGAGCAGCGUAAAAGGGAGUAUUAUGAGCAAUCCUUAAUCCAAGAGAUGAAGAGAAAUCAACAGCUCCAGGAAUAUGUGAGACAAUUGGAAAGUAAAUUACACAGCAUGAGAGAGACAGUUCAAUCACCCUUGAAAGAGGAGCCAUGGAGACAAAUUCGACGCAAUGAAAAAACAAAUGACAUCUAUCACCUAUCACAAUCGGAUUAUAAAGACACAAUGCCCUCAUCACCAAAACAUGUACAGGUCUCAGAGAAGCCAAGGGACCACAGUCAGUGCAGACUGUCAAAACCAGAAGCAGCUCGACACAUAACCAGCAAUGGAAUUUCACAAAAGGAGUGUAAAGAGCUUCGAGACCAAAUGCUUGCUCUUGUAUGUCAGACCAAGCUUUAUGAAUCUGAUUAUAAGACGGAACGCAAAGACCGACAGCGCACUCAAGCUGAAAAUGAAAAGCUGAGGAAGAAAACAGAUGAAAUGUAUUUGCAAAUGAACCUUCUUCAGCAACAGCUCAAGAUUUAUGAGGAUGACUUUAAAAGGGAAAGAUCUGACAAGGAAAUUCUACAGCGUCUUCUAAAGAGUAAAUCAGAAAGUAAGGAGCCAGUUCUGGUUCAUCGGUGCAACAACACUCACCAGAAAUCUCCAGAGAUUAGGAGAUUGCAGUGUGGCAAGCAUUGCAUUGACCGACAUACCGAAUGUUCAAAUCACCAUAGGUUCAGAGGUGCAGAAAUUCAGGCAGAGCCAUACUCCAUUGACUAUCAUUAGAGCAAACACUUGGAAGAAGACAGACACAAACAAAAGCAUUGUCAAUACUUUGGAAGAUUGCCACACUUAUGUUUUUAUUCAGAAAUUAAGAAAAUCCAUGACCAUAACAUAUAAUGUAUGAUUUACACCUCUGAGUUUCAUGCCCUCUAAUUAUAGGAAAGCAAUUUAAACACUUGAACGCAUUAACACGUUUAUAUAAAAUUUCAUUGUCUUUCAUUUUAUAAAUGGGUUCAUAUAAUGCUGUAGUUAAAAUAGCAGACUGAAGUAUGUUACAUGAACACAUUCAUAUGUUUCUUACUAAUAUCCCUCAGUGCAAUUUCAAACCAAAUGCAUGGCUUCAAAAUCAUGUAUUUUUAAACAAAACAUAUCAUUAAAGUCACGAAUGAUUUUUUAUAUAUGUAACAUAAAGCUAGAUUUUGCUGUUCUGUCUUUCCUGAAUGUACAGGAUACAGUCACAUUUUCUUAAUUGGUCUAAAGAGAAAAAAACACUUCCUUGCUCAAGUGGGUACUUCAUAUUGAGUAUGCAUAAAUAUUACAGAUAUGUUAACAUCUUUUAUUUUGAACCAGUAAAAAGAUUUGUGAUUUACUUUGCACCACAACAAAAUGGUGACAUCACAGUGCUGCUGAUGUUAUUAAUUCUUGGAGUGAAAAUAUUGGAAUCAGAUUUUGCUGACGAAUUGCUGCUGUACACAAUUCAGUGGGAACAGACCCAUGACUUGAUUCGGGUAAAGUGUGACAUCUGACCUGAGUCUGGUAGUCUGUCAGGAAGUUGGCAAUCUCAUCCACAAUAUUCAUCAUUCCUGACACAUUGCACUUUCAUUCCUCUUUUUUUUUAGAAAAUUAGUGUAUCACACUUAUUCACAGAAUAUGUUGAGUCUGAUACACUCAUCAAAUGGUUACCUCUGGGAACCACAGCAGUGUAAUUUUGGACCCAAGUGUAGAAUUUGAGUUCCAAGGCUGGCCUUCACACUCGGACUUUGCAUGGGGUUGAAUUACCCAGCUUUGGCCAGACUGGUAAAUAUUGUGCUUAGGGCUACUGUGGAGUUGAAUUGGCUAGCAUAGUACAGUGGGGAUUCCCUUGACCUGUUCAAGAAGGACCAUCCCAAUCAUUAAGGCAAUGAUUUUCAGUGUUAACUGAAGCAAAGGGAAAGCAUGUUAGCCCCCACUGAUAUAUGUACUGAUGAAUGAAUGAAUGAAUGAAUCAAAACAGCAACCUGGAUUACUUCAGACCUGGCAGCAUCGGCGGAGAAGAAAAGAGUUGACGUUUCGAGUCCUCAUGACCCUCCGCCGAUGCUGCCAGACCUGCUGAGUUUUUCCAGGUAAUUCUGUUUUUGUUUUGGAUUUCCAGCAUCCGCAGUUUUUUUGUUUUUACUUCAGACCUGCCUGGCUCACUAAUCUGAUUUUUCAGCAUUUGUCAUAGUGGAUCACUGGGUUCCAUUUCCUGUCACCAGACUUUAUCCCAAAGACUCAGAGAAUAAUCAUUUUUUAGUCAUUAUACAACUGAUGAGCAAGAGUUCAGCCUUACUACGCCACCAGCAGAUACUAGGAUGGUCAGGACAACCAAUAAAACUCGCCAUAAGAUGUUGGAAUUCGUUGUCACCAAUGUCCUGACCACAGCAUAGAUCACAGCAUUCUUCAUUGAAUGAGCGGUUCCACCAGUUGAAGGUAAGUUUUAGUGGCAAUUUUAAGCUAGUCAAGGGAGGCAGCAAACUUUAGAUAUAUAAGUACAGUUUCCAUGUAACUCUUCCACUGUUGUCACCCAAUAUUUCCUCACUACCUAAAUGAGUGAUAUCUACUUUCAAAGUGCUAUGCAGGAUAGUUUACGACAUGCCAUCUAUCUUGAUAUUCUAAAUCUUGUGUUAUAUUUCAGGCUUACUUGUCACCAACUGAUUAAUUAAGGUCCAAAUUGAAAUGCUUUAGCAAAGAGAUGUGCCAACUAUGUAGCUCAUUCAUUGCCCAGGUGCUAAAUAAAAGGGCCAAUGCAGACACAUUAUCUUGCCAUUAUCAUGUUGCUUUUGUGGAACCUUGCUGUGAGCAAAUUGAUGCUGCGUUUCCUACAUUACAACAGUGAUAACACUUAAGAAGGACUUCACUAGUUGCAAAGUGCUUUGGAGUGCCCUGAGAGCAUGAAAUGUGGCAUACAGAAGCGAGGCAUUCUUUCUAGUGUAAAUGAAACUACAUUUCUUAUGUUGCUAACAUUGAAGUGCAUUUUACUUUUCAGUCACGUAUUUACACACACUAUUUUAAAAUUAUAUGCAUCUGGGGGAAAGGUUAAAAGGUGGAAGAUAUUAUUUCAUGCUAUUUGUAAAAAAAAAUCGUGUUUAUUUAGUAGCCUGUUUGUGCAUCAUUUUAGACUAAAGAGACUAAUGAUUUGUUAAAAUAAAGCAUGAGAACUUUUUAAUGACCAUGUUGAGAUUUGCACUGGGAAAUUUCUAUCCCAUAGUUCCUGACAGUCAAGCAGAACAAAGUUGUGUAGAACUUAGAGUGGAAUUUUAAAACCCCAUUGCAGCGGGAACAGAAGAUCCCGCUUGAGAAAGGAGCCAUAAAAUUCCACCCAUAAUCUUUUGGGUUACUGGGUUUUCCUCAGAGUAAAGUUUGUAACUUAUAGCUAAUAAAACUCCAUUAGGAGUAAAUACAGUUUUGGUUUCUUCAAGAUAUUAAUUUGAAAGAUUGCUAACUUGUUAUGGGAUGAAUUGCAUCACUUGUGAAGAUGAAUCAAGGAACUGAGACCUAGGCCUUAAUCUGGUGUCUCUGAAAAGUAGACAAACAAGAUAAUUUUGACACCAGUCUUCAAUACCUUUGUAUGUCCAGUGCUAAUUCAGCUAAAUAUUUUAAAAACUGAUAUGCUUGGUCUUUGUAUACAGAUUCAGCCUUUAGGGUGCAAACCCUUUAUGUCAUUUGUAAGGUGCUCCAUGUAAAUAUUUUGACACUUCUGCCUUAUUGAGGUAUGUGCAUCUGCGUCAUAGUGACCUCAAAAGAAGCAUUUUCUGUAAAAACAUCUUGUGAUAUAAAUAGUCAUCAAUAGGCAUUCCAAAUUGGCAGAAGAACAAGGGAUCUGUUAAGCCAGUAGAAUAUGUUGAAAUUUGAUAUAUUAUACAGAAAAACAAGAACUUGAUAUAUUUAAUACACUUUAGACAAAUCACCUUUGGUUUAUUUCAAUUCUGCAAGUGAAGCAACUUACGUUCUUAUAUGUUCUUGUUCAGAGGAUGAUAUCACUGUUUAAUAUAAUAGCAAACCUGGUGUCACUUUUACUCAUGACAAAAUAAAUUAAAACUGUCAUGAUCAUUAGAUUCUGAGUGUGCAGAACUAAUUACAUGUUGAAAGAUAAUAUUUUACUUAAGAAAUGUCAAGAACUGAGUAUUUUACUUAAGAAAUGUCAAGACCUGAAUAUUUUAUGAAGUAUGGUAUUGUUCUUAUGGUUGAGUGGUUGAUUUCACUGUUUCCCUACUCUCCUGUCCCAGUAUAGUGCAAAAAUGUAUUGCCCAGUGGACAGCAGAGUUCUUUUACUAUCUAAUAGGAGAGAUUGAAGUGUUGUACCCUAAGUGUGUUGCCACUUACCUAAUCUCAGCACUAUGCAGUCUGUGCAGAGCUGGUCUGUACUAGAAAUAACAUAGUGGUACAAGCUAGUUACCACCUCUAAGACACACACCACAGUUGAAUUUGCCACCGAUGGGGAUGGUGGUGGGGGAGAAUUGCAAUUCAGUUAAAUUUGAUGACAGUUCCAUGUAAUAUCUUGCUGUAAAAUAAUUGUGCUUUUAAAUGUUUAUGUACCUUUAUGAAUACAGCCAUUGCAAUAUGAAUAGCCAUUCUUCUGAAUUAAAAGCUGUUGUUUAAUGA